AUGCUCGGCGGCGCAGGCAUGGAUCCCGGCUACAUCCUCAGACACCCCGUCUUCCUCGUCACCUUCAUCGUCGCCAUCCCAGCAUGGAUCAUCGCCUUCGCAGGACAGUGUGCCAUGGAGGCAAAGUUCACAUCUGGCAAUGGGCAUACGCCAGUAGCGGGCACGCAGUGGUUCAAUAUAUGGCUUCAGCUGUACGUCUCUCAACAUAUCCUUGCGUUGACGUCUGAUACUCUGGCUCUACACCGUUUCCAAAUCUCCAUCUUCUUGGCAAUCGCGACUGCCCUCGCCGUCGGUGGCGUGCAGUUCAUCUUCCAGACUGAAGGCCCCUUCAUCGCAUCUGGUGUCGGAUGGCUGCUACUGACCAUCGUCAACCUUAUCUGGAUCCUCUAUCUCACCUCUGAAGAAGACACCCUCAUCUACAACCUCCUCAACUCGCGCGGCAAUGGUGGUCUCUCUACCCACGGCAACAGGCGUAUUGGCGGCGGGAUCGCUAGGCGUGAUUCGGAUGCCUACAGUGGCGGUAUGGGUAACGGCGGCGGCCGGGGAGAGCUCGGUAUGGGCGGUGGCAUGGGUGGGGGCACUGUCGGCAUGGGCACUGGAAUGUCGAGAGGAAUCUCGUCCAACAAUGUGAAUGGGGCUUCGGCAGGAUAUGGAGGUGGUUACGCACCGGCUGCUACGGAUACGACCCCUCAAAAGCAGGGCCCGGCAGCUCGUGAAUACGGAGCUGCUUCUCCAGCGAUGGACGAUCCUUACAAGAGCCGCGCCAAGGCGCUGUACGCGUACUCUGCUUCUGCCGACGACCCCAAUGAGGUAUCAUUCAUGAAGGGCGAUAUCCUUGAUGUUGUGGAUGCUAGUGGAAAGUGGUUCCAGGUUAGGACACCUUCUGGUGCUACAGGUAUUGCGCCUUCAAACUACCUCGCCAUGCUGUGA